AUGGCCCACUGCCCUACCCUUGCCUCUGUCCUGCUGGCCUUGAUGCUGGGCGGUGCAGCCCGGGCUGCGGAGAUUGUGGGCGGGCGGGAGGCGCAGCCCCACUCGCGGCCCUACAUGGCAUCCUUGCAGUUGCGCGGCACCCAGGGCAGCCACUUCUGCGGAGGCACCUUGAUCCACCAGCGCUUCGUGCUGACCGCAGCGCACUGCCUACAGGACAUCCCUCAUCAGCUGGUGAACGUGGUGCUCGGAGCCCACGACCUGCAGACGCCUGAACCCACACAGCAGCAGUUCCUUGUCGCUCAAGUGUUCCGAAACAACUACAACCCAGAGAACAACCUUAACGAUAUUCUCCUCAUCCAGCUCGACCACCCAGCUAACCUCAGUGCUGAUGUCACCACCGCUCAGCUGCCCCAGCAAGACCAGCCACUACUUCAUGGCACCCCGUGUCUAGCUAUGGGCUGGGGCCGUCUGGGUAGCCGGGCCCCAGCAUCCAGCACCCUGAAGGAGCUCAACGUCACCGUGGUCACAUUCCUAUGCCGGCCGCACAAUGUGUGCACAUUCGUCCCCCGCCGCAGUGCUGGCAUCUGCUUUGGAGACUCUGGUGGCCCCUUGAUCUGCAACAACACCCUCCAGGGAGUGGACUCCUUCGUGAUCCGGGAAUGUGCCACUGGCCAGUAUCCUGACUUCUUCGCACGAGUGGCCCUCUACGUGGACUGGAUUCACUCCGUGCUGCGUGGCACUGGGGGUGAGGGCAGCCACUGAGCCUAGGCAACAGGCCCUAAUGAAGAAACCUCAGGCAGAGGCAGACCUUUUCCAGAAAACUGCUUCCUCCUUGGCCAGGUCCAGGAUAGCCCCCCACCCCAGUGCCCCUGGGAGCCAGGCCAACCCUGCA